GAAGUCAAGCCACGAUGAUGAUACCACUGCUAUUUGUCACCUUUCUGGUCAACUUUCCUCAUCAACUUGCACAAUCGAACUCGAACAAUGGAUUAAUCAGGAUUGCUGCAGUGUUAGGAGCCUCCGUGUUGCCCGUCGGACUAGCCGCCGGGCCCAGGUAUGUUCCAAAAUGGAAAAAGCAAGCAUGCGAAAUACCAGCAUCUCAACACCCGAAUUCGCAUUAUAUUUGCGACGAAGCUGGUGAAGUGAAAUGUUUGCCAGGAUGGACUGGAGAUCUUUGUGAUGUACCAAUUUGCCGCAAGGGUUGUGAUCCUCUUCAAGGCUACUGUCGGCGACCAGGAGAAUGUCGUUGUAAAUUAGGUUUCUACGGCGAACUGUGCGACAAAUGUGUGGCUUUACCAGGAUGUCAGCAUGGAAGAUGUAACGUGAGCUUCGAGUGCUCCUGCGAUCCCGGUUGGAAAGGCAUGUUCUGCUCUGAGCCCAUUUGCGCGCCCGAUUGCCUCUCCAGUCAGGGUUACUGCGACAAACCCGGCGACUGCAGAUGUCGUUUCGGGUGGCAAGGCCCGAAGUGCAAACAGUGCGCAGUUCUGCCGGGUUGUGUUCACGGGACCUGUCAAGGGCCGCUGGAGUGUCGAUGCGAUCCAGGUUGGACCGGAUUGCUUUGUCAAACACCGAUCUGCGCGCAAGGAUGUAGCCGGGAUCACGGUAGCUGCAGGCAACCAAACACGUGUAGAUGUCGCGUCGGCUGGACGGGACCCAAUUGCACCGAAUGUGUACCAUACCCUGGAUGCGUGCAUGGGUCAUGUAAACGACCAUGGGAGUGUCGAUGUGAACCCGGCUGGGCCGGUGACCUGUGUAACGAAAAGCUCACUUAUUGCGAUGAGCAUCUCGAUAUUUGUCGAAAUAACGCUACUUGCAUCAGCAUGACUCAUGAGGAUGGCGAUUAUAGAUGCAUCUGUCCCCUGGGCUACAUGGGCCGGCAGUGCCAGAUAAAAACUAUGAUACCAUCGGUGGAACUGGUACCACCGAUGCCCGAUGUCACUAUGGAAUUGUCGCAAGAUGUUCAAGGCCUCGGGGAUAAACCAAGUAUCGAAGAAAUUUCAAACGAAGAUAAUAAAUACGGGGCAAAACCUCCUAAAGAAGAAGAACAAACCGCAGAACCUCUUGGGCCCAUUGUGAUCACCGAUCCACCGACCACUAACACCGUAGAUUCAGCCGCGACUGCGGGAAAAUGGCCGAUAGAAGAACCAACGACUGAAAGAGACGACGAGAACGAGACAUAAAAUUAAAUUAUUGUUUGAAAGU